GCGCCAGGCGCGUGUGCCGCGGGGCUUCCGAGGCCCACUCGGCGGGGCUCCUCGGGCGGGCGGCGGCGGGGUUGGUUGUGUAAGCGCUGCCGCAGUUGUCUUUGUCAGGCGAGCAGCUUUCCAUUGGAGGGCGGGCUUGCGUGCGGCGCGAGCUGGUGUGCAGCGGCCCUCGGUGCAACCCAGCCCGACGCCCCGCGGGGACAAAUCGCUCCGGCCGGAGCUCGGCUGCUCUGCAGUGCGGACCCCGCACCCUGCUCCCGGGUCGCCCAGGUGCAUCUGGUUGACGGAGCCUCGCUUUCCUGCUCGUUGCGAGCAGAAACAGGCGCUGGUAAACGGCGUUUUCUGAGGACGGAGAAGACCUCUUUGUUCUUUGAAAAUGUGGUGUGCUCACGAAACCGCAGCGCGGCAGCGAAAGAGAACAUUAUGCGAUGUGAUCCUCAUGGUCCAAGAAAGAAAGAUACCUGCUCAUCGUGUUGUCCUUGCUGCAGCUAGUCACUUUUUUAACUUAAUGUUCACAACUAACAUGCUUGAAUCUAAGUCCUUUGAAGUAGAACUUAAAGAUGCUGAACCGGAUAUUAUUGAACAGCUUGUGGAAUUUGCUUAUACCGCUAGAAUUUCUGUGAAUAGCAACAAUGUUCAGUCUUUGUUAGAUGCAGCAAAUCAGUACCAGAUUGAACCUGUGAAGAAAAUGUGUGUUGAUUUUUUGAAAGAGCAAGUUGAUGCUUCAAAUUGUCUUGGUAUAAGUGUACUUGCAGAGUGUCUGGACUGUCCUGAAUUGAAAGCAACAGCAGAUGACUUUAUUCAUCAGCAUUUUACUGAAGUUUACAAAACUGAUGAAUUUCUACAGCUUGAUGUCAAACGAGUGACACAUCUUCUCAGCCAGGACACCCUGACUGUGAGAGCAGAGGAUCAGGUUUAUGAUGCUGCAGUGAGGUGGUUGAAAUAUGAUGAGCCUAAUCGCCAGCCGUUCAUGGUUGACAUCCUGGCUAAAGUCAGAUUUCCUCUUAUAUCAAAGAAUUUCUUAAGUAAAACAGUUCAAGCUGAACCACUUAUUCAAGACAAUCCUGAAUGCCUUAAGAUGGUGAUAAGUGGAAUGAGAUACCACCUGCUAUCUCCAGAGGAUCGAGAAGAGCUUGCAGGUGGCACAAGGCCUAGAAGAAAGAAACAUGAUUACCGCAUCGCCCUGUUUGGAGGCUCCCAGCCACAGUCUUGUAGAUAUUUUAACCCAAAGGAUUACAGCUGGACCGACAUUCGCUGCCCCUUUGAAAAACGAAGAGAUGCAGCGUGUGUGUUUUGGGACAAUGUAGUGUACAUUUUGGGUGGGUCUCAGCUUUUCCCCAUAAAGCGAAUGGACUGCUACAAUGUCGUGAAGGAUAGCUGGUAUUCCAAACUGGGCCCUCCAACACCUCGAGACAGCCUUGCUGCCUGUGCUGCAGAAGGCAAAAUUUACACAUCUGGAGGUUCAGAAGUAGGAAACUCAGCUCUUUAUUUAUUUGAGUGCUAUGAUACGAGAACUGAAAGUUGGCACACGAAGCCCAGCAUGCUGACUCAGCGCUGCAGCCAUGGGAUGGUGGAGGCCAAUGGCCUCAUUUAUGUUUGUGGUGGAAGUUUAGGGAACAAUGUUUCUGGGAGAGUACUUAGUUCCUGUGAAGUCUAUGAUCCUGCCACAGAAACAUGGACUGAGCUGUGUCCAAUGAUUGAGCCCAGGAAGAAUCAUGGGCUGGUGUUUGUAAAAGACAAGAUAUUUGCUGUGGGUGGUCAGAAUGGUUUAGGUGGUCUGGACAAUGUGGAAUAUUACGAUAUUAAAUCCAAUGAAUGGAAGAUGGUGUCACCAAUGCCUUGGAAGGGUGUAACAGUAAAGUGUGCAGCAGUUGGCUCUAUCAUCUAUGUCCUGGCAGGUUUUCAAGGUGUAGGCCGUUUAGGACACAUCCUUGAAUAUAAUACUGAAACAGACAAGUGGGUUGCCAACUCCAAAGUUCGUGCUUUUCCAGUCACAAGUUGUUUAAUUUGUGUUGUUGAUACUUGUGGAGCAAAUGAAGAGACCCUUGAGACAUGAAAGAUGAGUGGACUCCAGCACUCUAUCUGAGACUCAAAAUAUGGCCCAGUUCCUACGGUUUGGUUAUGAUGUUCUGGUUUGGUAUUUUGUUAAAAGUUCAAAUGAAUGAAGUAAGAGUCCAAUAAAAUACUCUCAUAUUUUGUAUGGAUUUUCUUACUUAAUUCAAAGACCAUAUUUUAGCUGGCCAUAUAAUCAAGAACCUAUCAGC